AUGGCAAACAAAAGCAGACCAAAAAAGGUUCGAGCACCAUACAGAAGUUACAAGGCCAAAAAGGAAGAAAAACUUGUCGCUAGUGUUGGCAUCGAAACCCAGGAAAACACACAUAUAAUACACGAUCAUUUGAAAAACAAUGAGUUCAAAUUGGGUGUUCAACAACGACCGUUUCAUAAUUCAACAAAGAGCGAGAUAGUUGUUGACGAAAGCAUCAACAAUGCUGAAGCUUUAGCUCUAGCUCCAACUCUAGCUCAAAAUCAAGCUCAAGAUCAAGAUCAAAAUCAGGCUUAUUUGCCACUUCCCAUUGAACUAUUUGCCUAUAUUUUGGAGAUAGUAAAUGCAAAUGGAGAUUUAGACCCAUCGUUGAUGAGAGUUUGUAAGGAUUUUUACAAAAUCGUGAGACCAAUGAUAUACAGACAUCCUCGAUUGAAAGCUACGAGUUUUGCCAAUUUUGUUGAAACAUUAUCCAGCAACAAAAGUUUGGGUGAUUACAUACAUUCUUUGGACUUGUCAUUUGUUCAAUCAAGCAAAAAUGCAUUUGUGGCAAGGCUAUUAAAACAGACACGGAAAAACUUGGAAGACUUUGUUGCGCCACAAACAAGUUUUGGGUUAGGGCCCCUUAUAGCAGUAAAGAAUUGUCUGAAUUUGAAAACGUUGGAUUUACGUUUAGUUUCAGAGACUUUAAACUUAACAGAGCUUUUCCAUUCCAUGUCAAAUUUGAACCAGCUAACCCACUUGUCUUUUCCAAGGUCGUCUGUGGAUAUUGACAACUAUAACAAUAUCAAAUGGCCACCGAAAUUGACUUUUCUUCGACUAUCUGGUGGUAUUAAUGACGAGUUUCUCUCUCAUUCCAACCUUCCCGAGCUGAUUACGAGUUUAGAAUUUGCACACUGUCCGCUCAUAACUGAUAUUGGUAUAAGACAAGUGCUAUGCAAAAUGGGACAGAAACUUCGUAACUUUAAAGUACAGUACCCUAUGCCAUCGCUCAAAGGAAACAGUCUUGAUGAUGUCUUUGUGUUGUGCCCAAAGCUUCGUGUUUUGGAGGUUUGUGUUGAUUAUCUUUCUAGUACAUUUUUUGACGAACACAAUUUGCGCCAUGUCAAUUACGAAAGGCCGCUACGCACAUUGUAUAUAAACAGCAGCGGCCUGUUGGGUACUCUGAAUCGCUUGGGUCCAGCAGACUUGGCUAUGGCUCUAGAAGAUGGACGUUUGCCAUAUGUGAAGAAUAUUCAAUGCACAGCAAAGUUAAGUUGGGAUCCAAAGUCCGACGCAGUUAUCUCUAUUGCAGAUGAGCUUGAUGAGCGAGGUGGAGGUCUCUACAUUGGAUAUUGA